AGAAGCAUGUCCAGGAAUGUGGAUAGCGUAGGUGACGUCACUGGUGGAAUGGCCAUUAGUCUUCUGUUCUGCAGAGUCAUUAAAACACAGCGCCAACCCCUGGUUCAGCGGGUAAUUACCUUCACUAGAGCCCUUAAGCUGCCUGCUAGGUGCGUGUGUGACACCCUCAUAUAACAAAACAUGACGGAAGAGAUGUGUUUAAACUUACCGAUAUGUCAGCUGCUUCAAGGUAGAGGUGCUGGUGAGGGCAGUGAUAACGCACCUACCACUAUAAAAGCAUCAGGCCACUUUUUAUCCUAUGUUCGUGUCUUCCAUUUUACUUUCCAUUUGUGGUGGGUGGAGGUUUAUGAGCCGUAUCUGGUUCCUGCACUUAAGAUUUCUUCUUUCUAUUGUCAUAGGUAUCGGCCAUCCUUGGUGCUAUGAGAACCCAUAUUGUGGUCCCUCCAGAUGGAAAGUCUGGUAUAAGAAGUGUGGCGGGUCACGGCAGUCGCCAAUAAACAUUAUGACUUCUCAGACACAGCAUGACUGGCAACUUGGGCCGAUGACUAUCUGGGGACCCUUGGGGUUGGUGCCAGCGACUGCGAAUAACAAUGGACACAGUGUUUCUGUGAAACUGGCCUUUCGGUACAGACUCCGAGGAGCAGGGCUGCCAGGGCGUUUCUACCUCGACUCCUUCCACUUUCAUUUUGGGAAACCAGGGCUGAAUGAGCAUGGAUCAGAACACUUAAUCAAUGGCCGGAGCUUUCCUUUGGAGAUGCACCUGGUUUUCUACAAUGGUAAAUAUUAUCGUUUUGAAUACGCAAAAAGACAGCAGAAUGGACUGGCAGUAGUGGCAGUCCUCUAUAAGUUUGGAAGGGAAAACCUGGGCCUGGAAAGUCUGAUGAGCAACCUGCCCAGCUUAAAGUACAGAGGUCAGAGCUCGCCGGUGUCGGUGGAUCUUGCUGAGUUUCUGCCCCACGGCCGUCAGAAUUACUACAGGUAUAAAGGAUCCCUCACCACGCCUCCCUGCACACAAAACGUGCUGUGGACGGUCCUGGAGGAGCCCGCCGAGCUGAGCCCUCUGCAGUACAAAGCGUUGAGCAGCUCCUUCUUCAUGACUGGCCUGAAUGAGAAGCCACCACACCGCCUGCAGAACAACUACAGGCCACCGCAGCCCUUGAACGGCAGGACUGUCAGCCGGUAUAAGGAGUGACGAUUGUCGCCGUCACCCGCUCCAGAGAGGCACUUUGUAUUUCCUGUGCCUGAAGUGACCCACCCGGGUUGGUUUGUUUCUGGUCGGCAGCACUUUGUGAGCCUUGUGGUCUUCAAUUCUGCUUCAUCUGACCCUCAGUUCUGACUGUAACUUGCCUUCGAUGGCCAUCAAUCUGCUCCGUAUUUAUUU